AUGCAACGCAAAGGAGGAAAGCCACCGCAUUCUCUUACCGAAUACUUUUAUAUUAUUCCUAAUGAAUGGGCAAAUAAAAGUAAUCGAAAAUGUAUUUGUCGAGCAUGUAUGGAUGCUGUAGGAAGAGAUUUUGCCCUACAAGAUGAUAGUAUGAAAAUAACAAAUACAAAACGUUAUUGUGCUAAUCAUCUCAGAGAUUGUUCAUACUUUGCCACGAAGUAUUCACCUGAACAAAUACAGCUUAUUCUUGGUUCAGUCACACCUUCAACACCAAACAAGCGAACUCUUGUUACCAAAGAUGAUGCUGCUUCGGAUAAUGAUUUAAAACUUCUAGCUGAUAUCAAAGUUACUAUUAACCGUGAUUCUUUUUGGGAUUCUCUUACAACAUUGCAUAAGAUACUUCAUCCUUUUUGUGAUAUUAUUCUUUGGUGGUCACAUAAUUCUGGUGCCGCACCAGAAUUGAGUCGUGUCGCAUGCCAAUUAUUUGGUAUAUGCAUUACAACUGCUUCAGUAGAAAGACUUUUUUCUACAAUGGGCUUCUUACAUUCUCCUUUAAGAAAUAAACUCAAGGAUAAAAAAGUUGUUGCAAUGAGUCAACUCCACCAAGUAUUCGAAGAGACUGAUAUAGAUGAUAUAAAUGAAGAAAAUGAAGAAAUUACUUCGGAAAUUAGUUGGAAUAGUGCUAUCAACGAAUGGGAAGAAUUAUUGAUUGAUGAAGAGUUUGAAGAAGACCCAGAUGAUCUUGAUAAUGCUGAUAUGGAUUUUCUUGAUUUAGAAAUCCAUCCUGCUGAAAAUCAAGCCGCAAAGUGGAAAUUACAUGAUUUAUUUUUAUCCGAUUUACCUUUUCCCUUUGAAUGA